GGGCAACAUUCUCCGGUCGCGGUAGUUGACGCGCGUAAAAAUUGGGCCAACAGUGCUAAAGACUCUUUGGUUGGUUUUGGUUUGAUUUGAAAAGAACGGGGCCCAUCGUUGACUGAACUAAGGAGGAAGUUUUUUUUUCUGAAAUUAAUUUUUUUCCGCGGUUAUCAUGUGGUCGCCCCUCAGGUUACUGACGGCGACUUUUGCCCUUUGGCUCGCGUGUCUAGUGUCCGUAAAUGGCGUGAGGGUUGGAACUGGUGGUUCCAAUAGGAACGGAGGAGCGCAAAGAAAAGGAGCAGAUCAACAAGCGUCGGCAUCAUGGGAUAGCUGGGACGCGGUGGAUCCAGACUUCUUUACGUCACAGCAGUCGGUGAUUCAGACUCAUCCGACAAGAGGGGGAGGUCCAAUUAGCUACUCGCCAUCUGGAGGUGGAGGACCUAUAAAGCACAAGCACGAAGACUAUAGGCUAUCUCCUACCGCAGAACUUAGGAAAAAUCCAAGCUUAUCAUCACCAGAUGAGUGUGCAAGAGCUUGUCGAGAAGGUGAACCACCCAGAAUUUGUUACUACCAUUUCACUAUAGAGUUCUACACCGUCUUAGGAGCGGCUUGCCAAGUAUGUACUCCAAAUGCCACGAAUACAAUUUGGUCAAACUGCCAAUGUAUCUUAGCCGAUGGUGUUGAAAGAGGAAUGUUGUCUGUUAACAGGAUGUUGCCAGGGCCAAGUAUACAGGUGUGCGAAGGGGAUAAAGUAGUAAUUGACGUAGAAAAUCACAUGGAAGGUAUGGAAACCACCAUUCAUUGGCACGGUGUCUGGCAACGAGGCUCUCAGUACUACGAUGGCGUACCAUUUGUAACGCAAUGUCCCAUUCAGCAAGGAAAUGCAUUCAGGUAUCAAUGGAUUGCCGGAAAUGCGGGUACCCACUUUUGGCAUGCUCACACUGGUCUUCAAAAAAUGGAUGGUAUAUACGGAAGUAUUGUAAUCAGACAACCUCCAAAUAGGGAUCCGAACAGUCAUCUAUACGAUUUUGAUUUGACUACUCACGUUAUUUUGCUUUCUGAUUGGAUGCACGAAGAUGCUGCCGAGAGAUUCCCUGGUAGAUUGGCUGUUAACACCGGUCAAGAUCCUGAAAAUUUACUCAUCAACGGAAAAGGUCAAUUCCGUGAUCCCAAUACCGGUUUCAUGACCAACACCCCCUUGGAAAUUUUCACGAUGACUCCCGGAAAACGGUACAGAUUCCGUAUGAUCAACUCCUUGGCGUCAGUCUGUCCUGCUCAAUUAACAGUCCAGGGACACACGUUGACUCUUAUUGCCACCGAUGGUGAACCUGUCCAUCCAGUUAACGUGAACACCGUAAUUUCUUUCUCAGGAGAAAGAUACGAUUUUGUGAUCAACGCGGACCAAUCAGUAGGAGCUUACUGGAUCCAAGUGAGAGGCUUAGGAGAAUGUGGUAUCAGAAGGGUGCAGCAAUUGGCUAUUUUGAGAUACUACAAGGGACCAUAUACUCCAUUCACCCAAGCACCUACUUAUGACUUCGGUAUUCCACAGGGAGUGGUACUUAAUCCUUUGGACGCAAUUUGUAAUGAAACCAGAGCAGAUGCCGUUUGUAUCAGUCAAUUGAAAAAUGCCAGAGAAGUGGACAGGGCGCUGCUGAUUGAAAAACCAAAUGUGAAGAUAUUUUUGCCAUUCAGAUUCCACGUUUAUACACCGGAGGAUCUUUUUAAUCCUAACAGUUACAACAGACAUUUAGUUGCGCCAAACGGAGACCACGUAAUCAGUUUAAUCGACGAAAUCUCGUACAUGGCUGCGCCAGCUCCGCUUCUAUCUCAGUACGAUGAAAUUGACCCCGAGCAAUUCUGUAAUGGAGAUAACAGACCACCCAAUUGUGGACCUAACUGCAUGUGUACCCACAAAAUUGAUAUUCCAUUAAAUGCGAUUGUCGAAGUUGUUCUGGUUGAUGAAGUUCAACAACCGAACUUAUCCCAUCCGUUCCAUUUGCACGGUUAUGCUUUUAAUGUGGUCGGUAUUGGUCGCUCACCUGACACAAGUGUCAAGAAAAUUAACUUAAAACACGCUUUGGAUCUGGAUCGGAGAGGUCUGUUGCAUAGGCACUUUGAUCUGCCACCCGGUAAAGACACCAUUGCUGUACCAAACAAUGGAUACGUAAUCUUCAGAUUCCGAGCAGACAAUCCUGGUUUCUGGCUUUUCCACUGUCACUUCUUGUUCCACAUAGUUAUAGGAAUGAAUUUGGUCCUGCAAGUGGGUACACAUGCAGACAUACCACCAGUGCCACCGAAUUUCCCUACUUGCGGCGAUCACACGCCACGAAUCAAUUUAGAUCCAACGAAAAUAUGAAGACUUAAUACCUAGUAUUUUUUUUAAGAUUAAGGGUCCUUUUUAGUAUAGGUUGGUGUAAAUAAGAGUCAAGUCAAAGGUUUGGUAAGUAUUACGAGUUAAUAUAUUUUGUGAAAAAAUGUACAGGGUUAUGCUACUCAUGUAUAUUAUUUCAGGUAGGUAUAAUAACGCAAUGUAUAUAAUUUUUUACUAGCACAAUAUUGUAAAUAUAACAUAUUUACACGAUCUUAUUUGCACCAACUGCUAGUAUAUUGUAGAGUUACCAAAUUAAUAUUCUGAAUAUUUGGAUUAAGUCUUGCCAUCCAAAAAUGUCGAAAAAUCAGUAUUCUAAAUUGAGUGUUUUCCUAUAUUAUGUAUUUUUAUUUAUCUGAUAUUUAUCUGUACUGUACCAAAUGGUCUUUAUCGCCAUAUUAUUAUAUAUAAUUUUAGAUAUUCUACCUCUUUCUAUGUGUUUUUUUUUUGUUUUUUUUAACUAUCACUAUUGGUGCUUUCUAAAACUUAUAAAUCAAUUAUUUGAGUUAAAAUCUUUAAAUAUUUUUUGAUACUUUUCAUAAUAAGAAAAAUGUUUUGGUUAAUAUUUUUAAUAUGGGAAAUAUUUAAAGAUUUAAAGGUAUGAACCCUUUCGUAAAUAAAUUAUUUCUUCCAGGAAGUAAGCUAAGGUCUUUAAUGUAAAAAUUCUUAUAGUUAUAGUAGAAAUUUUAUGAUUAUGUCAUUGGAAAUGUUACCAACAUAACGAAGUAAAUAAAUAUGAAUUUUAUCACAUCUAUACCACAAAAAUGGCACUUCAUAGUACAUUUUUUGGAAAAGAACCACCUAGUCUAUUACAAAACCAGACGAAUAUGAAAAUAGUCAUCGUUGUAGAUUUGAUAUAAAAUAUAGUGUAAAAGUCCAAUGUAUUUAAAGUAAUAAAUUUGUGACUAUAUUUAUGUAAAUAUCA